AAAACGGCUCAUUCUCGUCGUUAAACUCAUCGUGUUCAGACGGUGUUCUGCAGGACGCAAUCACAUUUUUUCGCGUUGGUUACCAAUUAUUGUGGCAACAUUUAAGUGGAAAAUCGAUUUGAAAUUGCAACGAAAACUAGUGCAAAAGUUUCAACAGCAUAAUGGCUGAUCGUCAGACUCAGGGCCGUGCACGUGCCCGCGGUUAUACAGCGGUAAAUUUGUCUCACGAAGGACGAGAAGGACGUGGCCAAGCCUCAACCCGAGGUAGCGGUGUUGCGCCUUAUGGAGGGCAAAGUCAAGGACCUCGUCCAGCCUGGGGACCAGGGCCUAGCGAAGGUCGUGCCACGGCACAUCGAGAUCAGUCGGCUGGUCGUAGUACUGGAUCUAGCGGCGACAACGGAAACGGCAGUAGCAGUGGAGGGACGACUGCCGGUGGAGUUCCUCGUGGAGCAUUGCGUGGUCGACGAAGCAUCGGAGACACCUUGCGAACCCGAGCCCUAGAUGCUCCAUCCAAGCAUGGAACUACCGGUACACCAUUGCAACUGCACAGCAAUUAUUUUAAACUGUUGAAACACAUCGAAUGGACAUUGUUCCAGUAUCGUGUCGAUAUUUCGCCUCAGGUUGCAAGUGCACGUCUACUUCAAGGGUUGGUCAAUGAACACAAAAAACUCUUCGGAGGUUUUUUGUUUGAUGGGACUCAGCUUUUCAUGGUUAACAAAUUACGUAGCGAUCAAUUAACUUUACAAUCUCGACACGAACGUACUGGAGAGGUUUAUCAACUCCGUAUUGUUCAUACCGGUACCGUAGAUAUGACGAACGAAACCGGUAUUCAGGUUUUGAAUUUAAUUUUGCGACGUGCUAUGGCUGGCCUUAACCUUCAAUUGGUCGGUCGUAAUCUUUUUGAUGCGGCAGCUAAAAUUGCUAUUCGUGAAUAUCAGAUCGAACUAUGGCCCGGUUACAUUACCAGUAUCCGUCAGCACGAACAGGAUAUUUUGGUGUGUUGCGAAGUGGCACACAAAACUAUGCGUAUGCAAACCUGCUAUGACAUUCUGCGAGAUUGCCAAAAGCAUGAUCGUAAUUACAAGGAUGGUUUCAAGCGUGCUGUGCUUGGUGUUGUAGUCUUGACAAGUUAUAACAACAAAACUUAUACCAUUCAUGAUGUCACUUUUGACACAACCCCGGAAAGCACAUUUGAUACAAAAGCUGGCAAAACAUCUUUCCUGGAAUACUACAAGACGAAAUACAAUAUCCGUAUUCGUGAUCCGCAUCAGCCUAUGUUGUUAUCGAGAGCCAAAAAACGAGAUCUUCGUGCCGGUGGUAGCGAACUGAUGGCAUUAGUCCCAGAGCUCUGUCAAAUGACCGGAUUGACCGAUCAAAUGAGAUCAGAUUUCAGAAUGAUGCGUGCCAUGGCUGAUCAUACGCGUUUAAAUCCAGAUCGACGUAUUGAACGUUUGGAAACGUUUAACCGUCGGCUUCAGACUUCCCCGGAGAGCUGUGAAGUCUUCAAAACCUGGCAGAUGGAACUCGACCGUCGUCUAGUGGAAUUGCCCGGUCGUUUACUCCCUCAGGAGAUGAUUUUCUUCUCUACUACCGCAAGCGGUGUCCAGGCUGGUGAGAACGCCGAUUGGACGGCUCAUUUCCGUAACAACCCCAUGUUCGCUACGGUUCGCCUCAACCGAUGGUAUCUGAUAGUGCCGAAUAGAGCCACACGCGAAGCGAACGAUUUCCUUGGAUGCAUGAUUCAGGCAGCUCGAGGUAUGCGAUUUGAAAUUAGCAACUGCGAGGUCGUCCCAAUUCCGGAUGACAAUCCUGGAACGUAUGUACGAACAUUGGACAAUGUUCUCAACAAAGACCCUCAGAUGAUUAUGUGCGUGGUUUCUAACAACAAGGCCGAUCGUUAUACCGCCAUCAAGAAGAAAUGUUGCGUUGAUCGUGCUAUUCCUACUCAAGUUAUGGUUCAAAAAACGAUUACACCUAAGGGAGGAAACGUGCGAACGCUCAUGUCAGUUGCCACUAAAGUCGUCAUUCAGAUGAACUGUAAAUUGGGUGGUGUUCCUUGGAAAGUAAAAAUUCCAUUGAACGGUUUGAUGACGAUCGGAUUUGACGUGUGUCACGAUGCCAAGGAUAAGGCCAAAUCCUUCGGAGCUAUGGUUGCUACACUUGACCACGAUAAUAAAGGUACACCGAAAUUCUUCUCGACCGUCAGUCAACACACACACGGUGAAGAGAUAUCCAAUUAUCUCCCUAUUAACACCGUGAAGGCGCUUAACGAAUACCGUAAAGAAUACGGGGAACUUCCCAAGCGAAUCAUCUUCUAUCGCGAUGGUGUCGGCGAAGGUCAGCUACACUACAUCUAUGAGCACGAAGUAAAAUCGAUUGUAGAGAAGCUGAAUCAUAUUUACAAAUCAGCUGGUGCUGAGCAAGAUGUUUUGCUUACCUUCUUUAUUGUCAACAAGCGAAUAAACACUCGGUUCUUCGAUCAUCGACAGAAUCCUAAACCAGGUACCGUGGUCGAUGACAUCGUGACCCUUCCAGAACGAACCGAUUUCUACUUGGUUUCGCAAUCUGUACGACAAGGUACAGUUUCUCCGACAGCAUACAACGUUAUUUAUGACACAUCGGGUCUGAAGAUCGACCACUUGCAAAUGCUUUCCUACAAGCAAUGCCAUCUGUAUUAUAACUGGUCCGGAACAACCCGAGUUCCAGCCGUGUGUCAGUAUGCACACAAGCUGUCCUUCCUGGUGGCCCAGUUCUUGCAUCAGGCACCGAGCAAUUUGCUCGAGAAGAAGCUGUUCUUCCUGUAAAUUUCUGUUUAGAACCUCGUGAGAUUGCCCAACUCCCACCCGAAGUGGGAAACCAAGCGUGCGCCGUAUAGUUUCUAAGAAUUAGUUUUAACGAAAAAGACGGAAUCCAAUCCACAUAACCAGUCGUUGAGUGGGUGAUUAUUUGACGUAUUCAAAUAUGUUCUAGAUGUAUUCACAGGAUCCUACAUAGGUAGGAUCGAAUUUUCCUUUUUUAACGAUUAUCGGUGAACUUAAACGACAUCUGUUAAAAACUGACGAUGAAAAGAGAAAAAAGAACAAUUUUUUUCUAUAUACAACAUUUUUUUCCUAUGAUUAUGAAGAAAUAAUCCCAGAUAUGGCGGCGCACUUCUUGAGAAACUUGUAUCCACGUUCGCAGGACAGCAGAACUAUGAUUAUAUAUCACAUUCAAUUGCUUGGUACUCUAGAUGUAAACAUUAACUAUGCAUUAUCAAUUAUCACAAGUUUCAAUAAAUGGAUGACAAUUUCUUGAAAGAAAA